AUGCUUCGACAGCUCUUCUUUUGUAUUUCAUUGAUUGCUACUGUAUCGGCUAUCCCAGUGGAUAAUGGCGUUGAAGGCGAUCCAGAGAUAGAAUGUGGACCAGCAUCGAUAACAGUUAAUUUCAACACGAGAAACCCAUUUGGGGGUCACGUCUAUGUGAAAGGACUUUAUGAUCAAGAAGGAUGUCGAUCAGAUGAGGGCGGUCGACAAGUAGCUGGUAUUGAGUUACCUUUCGACACUUGUAAUGUGGCUCGUACUCGAUCUUUGAAUCCACGCGGUAUUUUUGUAACGACCACUGUAGUCAUCUCGUUCCAUCCUUUAUUCGUCACUAAAGUUGAUCGUGCUUAUCGCGUUCAGUGCUUCUACAUGGAGGCUGAUAAAACAGUUAGCACACAAAUUGAAGUCUCUGAGAUAACAACUGCAUUCGUCACUCAAGUCAUUCCUAUGCCUAUCUGCAGAUAUGAGAUCCUUGAUGGUGGACCAUCAGGUCAACCAAUUCAAUUCGCAACAAUCGGUCAACAAGUAUAUCACAAAUGGACAUGUGAUUCAGAAACAAUCGACACAUUCUGUGCCGUAGUGCAUUCAUGCUUUGUGGAUGAUGGCAGUGGUGAUAAAGUUGAGAUUCUCAACGAAGAUGGAUGUGCCCUCGAUAAAUACCUUCUCAAUAAUCUCGAAUAUCCUACUGAUUUGAUGGCUGGUCAAGAGGCACACGUUUACAAAUAUGCUGAUCGCUCUCAACUUUUCUAUCAAUGUCAGAUUGCUAUCACUAUCAAGGAACCCAACAGUGAAUGCGCAAGACCAGAGUGCUCGGAGCCACAAGGCUUUGGUGCAGUGAAAUCGGCCGCUCCAAAAUCACCCGCCGCAUUGAGGGUACUGAAGAAACGUGCCGUUGAUUCGAAUAUGAAUACCCUUGAUGUGAGAACAGACAUAAGCACUUUGGAUAUCAUUGACGAGUCCGCUGUACUGCCGGCUGCUUUACGACACCGUACAUCGUCAUCUGAAUUCGGCACUCCAAUGAUGAUUGCACUGUCCAGUGGUCACGGUGGAAUAUGCAUGUCUACAAGUGGUUUCGCGAUCGUUUCUGCACUGACGUUCGCACUGUUCGCCUCCGCAAUCGCCGUUGUCGUAACGUUGUUGCGAAGUCCAUCUAAAGCAUGA